AUGAGCGUCGCCGAUUUAAUAGACAAAAUCAACGCCACUACCGAUCUCCUUCCAACUCUUCCAGACGCCGAACGACGACAAUUACUGCAAGCGUGUGAAAAACUCAAGGAAAAACUAGAAACUCCAUUCGAAGCUAUCGCUCGCCUUGUUUUUUCGGGCCACCAAGCGAUCGCUGUGAGACUAGGUAUCGAUUUUAAAUUAUUCGACGCGAUAACCGCCAAAAUUGGCCAGCCUGAUGAGUCGAUCACGAUACCUGAGCUUGCAGAGGCGACUGGUGCAGACCCGCUGCUUGUCGUGCGACUAUCGCGGUUCUUGACUGCCAUUUCUGUGAUCAAGGAAGUAGCUGAAGGUCGAUACAGCUCGACGCCAUUUUCUAAUGCACUGGUAUCAACUGCGCCUUUGUCAUCUGCUGUGAUCCAUGGUACCCAUUUCAUGUCGGUAUUGGCCAAGCUUCCUGAAUAUUUCAAGUCAAAGGGUUUAGAAAGCCCCGGCGAUGCUUUCGACGGACCAUUCCAAUUUGCCAUCGACUCUCCGCAUUAUUUCGACUUCUUGAGCACAAAUGCCUAUUAUGGACAAGCAUUCAACACGACAAUGACGAUGUCUUUCCGUCGGAGAGGGAAGGACUGGUUCGAGUUCUUCCCGGUCGCUGAGCGACUACAUGUCCCAAACGAUACCGACACAUUAAUUGUCGACAUCGGUGGAAGCCAGGGAGAGGAUCUUAAGAAAUUCAAGGCCCAUUUCCCUACCCUACCAGGCAAACUGAUCCUACAAGAUCUACCAGCAGUGGUUGAAGGCGCGCACGACCUACCUGCAGGAAUCGUGGCCCAAAAGUAUGAUUUCUUCCAGGUGCAGCCAGUGAAGAACGCCAAGGUUUACUUCAUGCGAACUGUUCUGCAUGACUGGCCCGACAAGCAGGCUGCACAGAUUCUGAGCCAGAUUCGCGAUGCAAUGGGCCCCGACUCUGUGUUGCUAAUUAGUGAAACCAUGCUACCGAGAACAGGUGUAUUGCUUUCAUCUGCUCUGUCCGAUUUGCAGAUGAUGGGUUCGUUCGCGUCGUUGGAGCGGACUGAAGCACAGUGGCGGGCGCUGCUUGAGAUAGCUGGCUUAGACCUCGUUCAGACUUGGUUACCUGAUGAUUGUGAUGGAAGCUCCCAGGCGUUAGCUGAUCAGCCGGCUCUCUUUGAGGCUCGAAAGAAAGAUGUAAUGGAAUAA